CCCGGUGUGGUAUCGGACACGUGUCGUCUGCGUGUUGGUGUUGUUAAAGUCAAACAGUGACCGGUCGUGUGGUCUGGAUAACACCUUGUCCAACAAACCCUUAGCCUAGAGUGACAAGCACUUCAAGAUGGUGUAGCUUACAGCAUCUUUAAGAAAUCAGUUAGAACUUACAGAUGAAUUGCUGUUAAUGAUAUGGUAAGAGAGUUGAGCCGGCGGGUGCAGGAUGAUCACUGGUGCUUGGCCAGGCCUACUCACUGCUUACCGUAAUGGCCUGGCAGCGGUGUGUAGAAGGCCUUUUGGGCAUCAGGUGUUGCGGCCCAGGCACAGACCACCUGUAGCCAUAAGACAAACUGUCCGUGGGCCUUCAUCUGCCUCUCACCAAGUUAAAGCACUUCACACCACAAGAUCUAAAAGGAGUACUGGGGUGAUGAGUUGGAGCUUACUUGUGAUAUUGGUGGGUCAGAGCCGACAGUCACAAGUGCUGGAGAGGCUAAAGGAAAUCACUUGUUAUCUUUAUCGCACAAUCGUUCGACAAUGCGAGGUCCACGCAGCACAAAAAUUCCGCCGUGGGCUGCAACUUCACUCUGCAUAUUCUCGCAUGUGGGGGGAAGAGGCUGCUCGGGCUAUGCUUGCAAACUUUCGACGAAUACUGAUGUCUCGGGGACGGCACAUGCUUCUCUCUGCAGUUUGCUUCUCAAAUUUUAACUGGAAUAAGGAGAGGAUACCUGAUGAAAGUUUGCAGAGAGCUGUUGAAGAUCUUGACAGUGUUGGAGAACUGUGCAGGGCUACUGUUGAAUGUGAAACUUGUAGGAAAAGACAAGUGAUUGAUCAACAGAUGGCCAAUAUAGAUUACUGCAAAUGUAGUGGGAGUUUAGGAUAUACAAACUCAUCUCGUGUAUAUGAUUCCUGGGAGCCAUUUAUUGAACGUGAGCAUCACAUUGUAUGGCGUCAGAGACAUCACAUUCACAAGCAUUUGUAUGCUUACAAAGUAUAUGGUACAUAUGAUGAUGUAAGCCUCAGUGCCUUUGUGGAGGUACAGCUGAACAGUAACUUCAGAACAGACUGGGAUGACACUGCUCUUCAGCUGCGUGUUUUGGAUUCAGAUCAAGACAGUAACUCUGAUUUGCUUUACUGGCUUGUUAAAUUCCCUCAUUUUUUCGCUAAUCGUGACUACUUAUUUAAACGCCGCUUCACUGUGAAUGAAGAGAAGGAGGUUGUGAUAAUGAGUGAAGCAAUAAAACCUGACUAUGUACCAGAAGAAGCAGGUGUUCAUCGUGUGAAUGAAUACUGGUCAACAAUGGUCAUUAGGGCUCGUGAAGAUGUUCACAAGCCGGGUCUUGAAUACACCCUCACCUACUUUGACAACCCUGGAACCAGCUUACCACAAAGACUGACAAAUUUUAUAGCUGCUACUGGAUUUCCUAACUUCUUGAGAAAAGUUCAUAAAGCUGCUCUCACUCUUCAGGCAGUUCAUGAAAAGGGAGAUGAUGUUUAUGUUAGUCUUCCAAAAGAAUUGAGGCAUCCCAAGCCAAAGAGGGAACCGAUUUUAGAGAGACCUUCAGAACCCACUGCUACUAUAAGUAAAGAGUUGGAAUUAUCUGUCUCUUCAACUGAAGAUACUGAAUUGAAAGUUGAUGACAGCGAGCUGAAAUGUGAACUCCUAAGUAAUCAAGAAAACUUAGUAGUCGGGAAAGAUUUAGAUAUCCAAACAGACAAAGAUUUAAGUUUGAAAGCUGUUACUCAGAUACUAGACAGUGUGAAAGUUCAAGAUAUUACGGAAGAUUCAUCAAGUACCAAGUAUCAUAAGGAAGACUUGUUUGAGUCCCUUAAAACAACACAGAGCAAUCAUAAAUCAGAGAUACAUGUGGAAGAACCAAGCAAAAUGUCUUUACAGGUCAUAAUUACAAGUGAAGAGGCUGUUGAGAAAGAUAUUCCUGCUGUUAGGGAGAGUGAUACUUUUAUGAAAAACAAUGAUAAGAUUGGCAAAAUGCCUUCAUCUACAUCUGACAGAGUUCUUCAUGUACAUUUGGGUAACAAGAAUGUUGCAGUGGACUUAUUAGAAGGAAUGGAAGUAGUUGCUCCAGAUCUAGAAAGUGAGUCUCUCUUGCUCAAGAAAAUUGAGAAAAUAAAAGCAGACACAUGCAGUGAUUUUGGAAAUCAUAAUUUAGUCAUGACAAAAGUAAAAGAUAUAAAGAAUAUGAUAAAAUUGUUUCAGGAACAUGCACUAAAAAAAAAAGAGAAGUCCAUGAAGAAAAUGGAGGAAUUAGCACACCGAGACCAUUAUCAUCAUUCUGGUGCAGAUGAAAAGACCCUAAAACAUCUUGAGAUGCUUUUUCAGGCAAUGAGAGAUGUCCUUCGGGCCGACAAAGACCUUCGUACCGGCAAAGGCCUCAUGGGCGUGUAUGCAGAACAUGAAGAAAAGGAUCUACCUGAUACUGAUAAACAAAAUUCUGCAAGUACAGAAUCCUCAAAAUCCUACACACACUCGCAAGAUCUUGACAACUCGAGACAUCCUGAAACUCGUGGAAAAGAUUCAGCAACACCAAAUGGUGAAAAAGACUUGCAGUUAACUUCAGACAAGGGAGAACAAAAACAAAGUGGAAAUAAAGAUUCACAGCCUCCUGAUCAGCCUCCUCCUCCUCCCCAUGACUCGGGUGGAUUGUCUUCUUCAGGAACACUGGAAUUGCCACCAGAAGGGGUAGGCACCACAACAAACGCAGAUAUUGCAGCUUACAGCAACCAAAGAAAUGAAGCUAAUUUCACUGAAAAUGAAUCUGAAGUUUUGAACUCAUGGUCUUCAUGGAUUUAUAUUCCCAAUAUUUCAGCUUUAUGGAAUUCGGGUAACAAAGUAUGCACAAAUGGAAGCACAAGUGCAGAUGAUGCUGAUAAACAGAGCACAAAUGAUAUGUACAAUGAAACUAACUCGAAGUCUUUCACUGCACAAGUUUGGUAUAUUGUUGGCCUUGGCUGGAUCUUUCAUACUGAAACAAAAUUUAUCAUUGAGGAUCAUGGUGAACAGGGAAAUAAGCUGCAAAUGAAAGUAGAUGAAAACCUUGUCAGUAAAAAUAUCUGUGAUAAAGACUCUGAUCGAGAUGCCAAGUGGUAUUGGUACCCAGUAAAUGGUGUGUAUCGUGUUUAUGCAUGGGUUUUCAGUAAUUCAAAGGAAAACGCAUAAAGUUAACCCAGAUGUAGUAUUCAGCAUCACAGGAUCACGAGCGCCUUAUUGGCAAGCGUCUUAUACGUUAUGAGGGAAGUUGCGUUCAAAAAGAAAUUUCUAGAACUGUAUUUGAGGAUUUAGUAUUAGAAUUCCUUACUGUAUAUACUGGCAUAAAAGACAACCUUUGAAACUUUAUAAAAUAUUUCCCCCAACCUUGGGGAAAUCUUAUAUGCCAAGUAUAAAAUGUGAACCUUAAAACAUAUGUUUUAGGUUGUCUUUAUGGGUAAUGGAGAUUUUAUUUGAUAAAUGCAAUGUGUUUAAUUAAUGUUGAACAUAAUAGUGAAUCAAGAAUUCCCUUAAUGGUAGAACACAUUAAGUCCAUUUAUCAGGAAGAUUUACAGCUAUAUUAGCUCUUUCAUUAUGAUAUGCAGUUUAUCUUAGUAGUUUUAUAAUCACCACUGCUCUGUGUUAAAACUUGCUAAUAAAAUUAUAAAAACUUUAUUAUCCACCAUUUGUGUUCUCUUCAGCUACAGUACUGCAUUGAGAUCAAAGGUUUUCCUUGCCAGCUUAUUGUAAGUACAGUACAUAACACUUAUCGUAGUACAGUAUUUUAUAUAUCCCAAAAUUCUGUUUGGUAAAUUAAGAAUCAUUUAAAUUUUUUAUUUUAAUAAAUAUCCAUAAUUUGCUUUAUUUACUUUUAAUAAAGAUAAUGUACCACCUUGUUUAUAAUGGUAUUCUCUGUGUUAAGUGAUAUCUCUGAUAGCUGGAACAAUUGGUGCAGAGCACUUCCAGGAACGAGAGAUUUCCGGGUAACGAGACGACUCUCAAAGCCGGAAAAAAAUCCCUCUUCCCCGGAAUUAUCCGGGUAAUGGAAAAACCAUCUCGGAAGUUCCAGAAAUUGCGCAUUACAUCAUCUCUUGAACUCGGAAAGAUAUGCCCCAUCCCCGGCAUUUUCUGGUGCCCGGAAAAAAAUAAAUAAAAAAAAUCCCCCAUCCCCAGAAUUUUCCCAAAUAUUCUGGGAACUGGAAAAAAAUUCUUGGAAUUUUCCAGAAAAUGUGCCCAUCGGAAAAUUGUUUCCAAAGCCAUAAUUUCCCCAAAAAUUUUGGCUUUGGGAAUGAUUUUCCAAGAUGAAUAUAAUUCCGGCUGUCAGAGUUCCAGGUUUGAGGGAUUCCGGCUAACGGAGAUUUUACCGUGUGAGAAGGAUGUAGCAGAUGAACAUUUGACAAUAUGAAUAUACUGUAACUUUUUUAUAUCUACUUAAUUUAAUCUUGGAGAACUCUAGGUUACAGGUAUAUGUCUCAAACAUUUACAGUACUGUUAAUAUCUCCAAUAGCCGGAAUUGAAAUUUUCUCGGAAAAUUCUGUCUUUAGGAACGAUUUUCCGAGGGGUAUAUUUUCCAGAAAAUUGAGAAAUUUUUCCCGGUGCAAGGAAAAUUCCGGGGAUGGGGGAUUUUUUCCGGGUUUGAGAGAUAAAAUAGGGUGUAUUUUCUGGAACUUCCGAGAAAAUUUUUCCGUUACCUAGAAAAUUCCAGGGAAGGGGGAAUUUUUUUCCGGCUUUGAGAGUCAUUUCGUUACCCAAAUCUUUCAUUCUCAGAAGUGCUCUGCACCAAUUGCUCCAGCUAAUGGAGAUAUCAUUGUUUGUUUGUUUGUUUCGGUAAAAAUAUACAGUAUAUAUAUUUUUACUCUUUUUGGCAAGGGUGAAGUGGCAUUUGCACGAUAUGUUUUUAUACUGUAUUACUGGUGUUUGUGCGUGAAAAAAUUAUCAUGUAAUUCAUUGAGAGAAAGUAUGGCUUGAUGCUGAGCUAAGUUGGUCAGUUAUUUGGUAUGGUGUGCAAAGGGUAGGUCUCACUCUUACUCUGAAGCUUCAUGAUGCCUAACGUAUAUGCUCGAAUACAGUUUGAGUUUAUUUGAUUUGUUUUUUGUUUUUCCUCAAAGUAGGGGGUCAAUCUAUAUAAGCAUAGUAUUUUUGAGCUGUUAAAAUUUUUGCAUUUUUGUGGGUCAUUUACGGUGACCAGUAGUUACCCAGUACAUGCUCGUGGUAGGUUAACUUUGCCAGUAAGUGCUUUUAUCCUGGAUUUGCCUACCAUACUUCUAGAUUCUCUCUUUAUGUUGCUGCAUGAAAAGCAGAACCUUAUUCACUAAAUCAUGCAGAGUUGGCGACCACAUUCCUCCACUCUAAACUUUUUCUGGUUGUUUUUAAUCCUCUAUGGUUAUGUAUCUCUCUGGGGGCCUUCUUAUUAAUUUCAUUCCCUAACCCAGUUUCUGCUUUCCCCCGGCUCUCCUACCCUCAACUUUGCCCAUUAAUAUUUCUGUUCUCCCCUCAUCCCUAAUUAUCUGACCAAAUUAUCAAAAUUUUCUUUUUCUGUACAUUUUAAGUAUUUCUCUUGAAGUUUUUACUAAUCUUAGUACUUCUUCAUUUGUUUUCCUCUCAGUGUAGCUUCUUCUUAACAUUUGCCUAUAACACCACAUUGCAAAGGACUCGAACCUCUUUCUGGUGUCUGCUGAAAGUGUCCACGCUUUUAACCCAUAUAUCAGUCCUUGCCAGGUAAAGCCUUUGAGCAGCUUUUUUCUCAAAUUGAAGUUAUGUGACUUUUCAUUAGGUCUUUCGAUUAUUAAAUGCUGUGCUUGGUUGCUCAA